AGCAGCAAAACGUUUGGCCCAGGGCUUUGCCCCUGGGGAGGUUAAUCCGGCCACGACCCUGACUGUGAAUGAAAAGUAGGAUUCGUAAUAGAAAGGACCAGCGAACUUGCCAUGAGCAUCACACGGCCGGAGACCUGAACAGCCGGUUCUGGAAGAGGCGAAGAUGCCUCAUGGACCGCUCCGUCGCCACCAGUGCGCCAGUUCAGGGCAACCCAAACGCCGAAUAACGCCGAAAUGCCGAGGUUCAGCGUCAGGUGGAUGGCCGCGGCGGCGCUGAUUCUCGUGGUCGGCGGCGCUUUCCUCUUCUGCGAGUACCUCAUCUACUUCCCGACCAUCCUCAAGUGCGCCUGGCCGAAGGUCGGCCAUGCACGGGGCGGAGAGGGCAUCGACGGCCGCCCCGCGGACUCGGCGGUCCGCGCCAUGGUGCUGUCGGACACCCACCUCCUGGGAGCCGUCGGGGGACACUGGUUCGACAAGCUGAGGAGGGAAUGGCAGAUGGAGAGGGCUUUCCAGACCGCUCUGUGGCUGCUCAGGCCCGAGAUAGUCUUUAUUCUCGGGGACAUCUUCGACGAAGGCAAGUGGAGCUCGCAGAAGCACUGGGAGGACGACGUGCGCCGCUUCCACAGGAUGUUCAGGCACUCCGCUGACACGGAACUGGUUGUACUGGUUGGAAACCACGACAUUGGUUUCCAUUAUGAGAUGGACUGGUUCAAGCUGCAGCGCUUCGAGAAGGUCUUCAACGCCUCCUCCACCAGGAUCGUCACCAAAAAGGGAGUGAACUUCCUGCUGGUGAACAGCGUGGCCCUGCACGGUGACGGGUGUCCCAUCUGCCAGUCGGUGGAGAAGGAGCUGAUCAAACUCUCCAGAGACCUCAACUGUUCUCUUCAGAACUCGCAGUCCGGCAGCGGAGUGGUGGACAGCUGUGAGGGCUCGCAGCUCUAUCCUCCCACACCCCCCAUCAUGUUACAGCACUAUCCUCUGUACAGGGUGAGUGAUGCCGGCUGCAAGGGACGGGACGCGGCACCGCCCGAAGAGCGACACCUGUUGUUCCGAGAGAAAUACGACGUGUUGUCUAAGGAGGCUUCUCAGAGGCUGCUGCAGUGGUUUAAACCCCGCCUCGUCCUGAGCGGACACACCCACAGCGGAUGUGAGGUUCUCCAUGACAACAAGUACCCGGAAAUCAGCGUGCCGUCCUUCAGCUGGAGGAACAGAAACAACCCCAGCUUCAUCCUGGCGUCGGUGUCACCUGCCAGUUACACUCUGUCCAAGUGUUUCCUGCCGGAGGAGAGCACGGUGAUCGGCGUCUACUGCUCGGCCGGCGCCUGCCUGCUGCUGCUGUUCCUGGCUCACUGCCUGUGGAUGAAGGGCCUGCUGCAGUGCCUCAGCCUCUGCCUGCUGGGGAAGCACAAGUCCCUGUGAACUACGUUACCCAGAGCACACCACGUUCCCGGGGACAGAGCCAUGAAGUGGGAGUAUGCCGCAGUUGGUAAAUACUCCGUGAGAGGAUUUGCAUAAUAUGACUUUCCUCCUGUGAGCGGGCCAAAAAUCUGUUCAUACAACCUCGAUUUCUUCGUCCAAAUGUUUUGCGGCACUGUGAAGGACUUGAAUAUAAAAUUAAAUGUCUUUAAAAGGACUCAAAGUUUAUCGCUUGUGAUAUUGACGAUGACGGUGUGGUUGUAACCUGUGACGACAAAGCAGAUGUGGGCCAAAUUGUUGUUACAAAUCAUGUGUAGGUGUUGGAAGUGCCAGGCUGGCGACGUUUUCCCGUGACUGUCUGAAUUAUUAGAAAGUACACACACGUGGCGUCAGGUAAGACAAAUGAAACAAGUACAUAUGUAAAUACCAACCGUCCCUGGUCGGAUUUGAGGUGGUCAAGUCAGAUGUUUGUUGGUAGUUUAUGUCUCUUCACUCUGAUGUUUAACUGUGAUCCGAUGUAAAGACUCUGAACGCUGUUACUCUCGUUGUCGUCGUCUGAUCAUCCAUCCAGGUUUCUCGUCGUUUUUACGGCGCAUAUCUCAAUAUAUUUACUGCUGACUUUCUGUGCCAAAUGUUUGUGAGGAUUUUUGCCAAACUGUUGAAACGUUUCUGAAGAACUGUACAUAAUAAUAAAAUCAGAAUCUUAA